AUGGCACUCAGUGUCCACGAGAUCUCCCAGUUACGUGCUGCCUUGCAAGACGCCGUCGUCAAGUGUUCAGAAAGAUGCUUGUAUCAGUCAUCCAAAUGGGCUGCUGAACUGCUCAAUGCGCUCCCCGAGAUCGAAGAAGACGAAGAGAACAUCAACCCUGCAGAUCCCGGACACGGCUCUCCGAUAUUCGCUGCGAACAGCGAUCCAGAGGAAGCAAUUCUCGAAGCUAAAGAACUUAGCAAAUAUCUCUUAGCCAAAUCUCUCUUCGACUGUCGAGAAUAUGACCGUUGCGCUGCUGUGUUUCUGCCAGACUCCCUCCUUUCAAGUGUUCUUGCCUCGCGUGUAGACAGCACUUCAGCAUCUUCCACCACUAUAAAGGGGAAGGGGAAGGCGUCCAGAGCUUCGUCUGUGAUGCCACUGCCAAAGCUCAGUCAGAAGAGCCUGUUCUUAGCACUAUAUGCCAAGUUCAUGUCCGGGGAGAAGCGCAGGAAUGAAGACUCCGAGAUGGUUAUGGGCCCUCAAGAUCUUGGUACGAUUGCCAAUAAGCAAUUGCUUGUAAUAGGUCGAUUCUUAGCAACUUGGUUCGAGGAGAGGACAACGGAAGACGAUGAAGUACUGGGGAGCCAGGGAUGGCUCGAAUAUUUAUAUGGCAUGGUGCUAGCCAAAGAGAAGAACGAUGACAAGGCACUGGAAUAUUUUAUCCGAAGCGUGCACAAGUACACCAUGAAUUGGGGCUGUUGGUUGGAAAUGACGUCGUUAAUAUCUCGAGUUGAAGAUUUGAAUCGGAUAUCCAGACAUUGUCCUCAGAAUAUUGUCUCUUACAUGUUCCACCUGCACACCUCUCUAGAACUCUACCAACAAGGGCCUGGUCUGGCCAAUUCUCUUGAACAACUUCUCUCGAUAUUCCCGUCAUCGUCUUUCCUUCUCACAUGCAAUGCACUCCUGGCAUAUCACGCCAAGGACUUGAUGGCUGCUGAACAGCACUUUACUCGACUGCUGGCACUCCAUCCACAUCGGCUAGAUUCUCUCGAUCAUUAUUCUAACAUUCUCUACGUUCUCAAUCUUCGCCCAAAAUUGGCUUUCCUGGCACACCUAUGUUCCAGCGUGGACAAAUUCAGGCCCGAGUCUUGUGUGGUGAUUGGAAAUUAUUAUUCUUUACUAUCGAUGCAUGAGAAGGCUGUCCAAUAUUUCCGUCGUGCAUUAACGCUAGACCGGUCAUGCUUGUCAGCAUGGACGCUAAUGGGUCACGAAUAUGUUGAACUUAAAAACACCCAUGCGGCAAUAGAGUCGUACCGCCGUGCAGUUGACGUGAACCGCCGGGACUAUCGGGCCUGGUAUGGCCUUGGUCAAACAUACGAGAUGUUGGAGAUGCAUACAUACUCAUUAUGGUACUAUAAGAAGGCUGCUGGUCUACGACCAUGGGAUGGAAAGAUGUGGAUGGCUGUAGGCUCAUGUCUACAGAAAAUGGGCCGAGAACGGGAUGGUAUCAAAGCCUUAAAGCGAGCUUUACUAGCUGAUGCUUACUAUGACGUGGGCAGCAGUUUUGGUAGCGGUGAUCUCCUUGGCAGCCGGAGCGCCACGGGUCAUAUGGACCCCGACAUCCUUCUGCAGAUUGCGGUUAUGUACGACCAGCUUGGUGAAGAGGAAGAAGCCAGGUCAUACAUGGAAUUAUGCGUGGCCCAGGAAGAUGGUGGAGCUGCAGAAGCUGAUCCGGCUGAGUCCAUUGCUAUUCACAACGACUCUCCACCCGGCUCAGAUAAUGGUGCCGAGGGCAACGAGAACCCAGGGAACGAGGGAACCGGAGUCACGGCGGCGACAAGCAAAGCGCGCAUGUGGCUGGCAAAGUUCUCAAUGCGCACUGGAGAUUACAUAACGGCCUCUCGACUUGCGGGAGAGUUGUGUCAGGACGGUGUUGAAGUGGAGGAAGCAAAAGCACUUGUGAGAGAAGUUCGGUCUCGGAUGGAAGCGACGGGAAUGCUCGACCCGCUGAGUUAG